GACAGUGGUGAUGGAGCAACAAACGCCACCACUGCUAUUCAUACUUCUUCUAUGUACCUUCUCUGCCAACUCAUCAUUCCAGCCUGCCCUGGUGUUGGAAAUGGCCAAGAUUCUGCUGGAAAACUACUGCUUCCCUGAGAACCUGGUUGGGAUGCAGGAGGCCAUCCAACAAGCAAUCACCAGUGGAGAAAUACUGCAGAUUUCAGAUAGGAAGACCCUGGCAAGUGUGCUCACAGUCGGAGUACAAGGGGCACUGAACGAUCCACGGUUGACUGUCUCAUACGAGCCCAAUUUUGUCCCAGUGACGCCACCAAUGCUGCCAUCUCUCCCCAUAGAACAACUGAUCCGGCUGGUGAGGAACUCUGUGAAGCUGGAAAUACUGGAAAACAACGUUGGCUAUUUGCGAAUAGAUCGGAUCAUCGGGGAAGAGACAGCAGCAAAGCUUGGCUCCCUGCUGAGGGACAACAUCUGGGACAAAGUUGCUCUCACUUCCUCACUGAUUUUGGACCUGAGGUACAGCACAACUGGACAACUGUCCGGCGUUCCCUUUAUAAUCUCCUAUUUCUCAGACCCCGAGCCCCUCAUUCAUAUCGACACAGUGUAUGACAGGCCCUCGAAUACAACCAUGGAGCUGUGGACCAUGCCAUCAGUGAAGGGAGAAAGGUAUGGAAAGAAGAAAGAUGUGAUUAUUUUGACAAGUAAGCGUACUGUGGGGGCUGCUGAGGCAGUAGCAUAUACACUAAAAAACCUAAAGAGGGCCAUCAUAGUUGGAGAAAGGUCAGCUGGUGGGUCAGUAAAAGUCAAAAAGAUUAGAAUUGGAGGAUCAGAGUUCUACAUAACAGUUCCCGUGGCAAGAUCUGUCAGUCCAAUCACAGGUCAGAGCUGGGAAGUAAGUGGCGUUUCCCCAACAGUCAACAUCAUCGCAAAGGAAGCUGUGGCAAAAGCCAAGUCCCUUCUGGCUAUAAGGAGUGCCAUUCCAAACAUUGUGAAGAGUAUCUCUGACAUCAUUGGGAGGUUGUAUGCUUUCACUGAUAGAGUUCCAGCUCUUCAACAACAACUCCAAUCUACAGACUUAUUCUCAGUCACAUCUGAGGAGGAUCUGGCAGUCAGACUCAACCAGGACCUCCAAACUGUUUCCGAAGAUCCAAGACUGAUCAUCAAAUACAUGCAAGAUAAUGGUGCCAUUGUAGAGGAGGACCCUGAGCUUUACAAAGUUCCUGAUGAUCCAGAAUUAUUAAGAGCGCUGGUUGAUACAACAUUUAAAGUGGAAAUUCUCCCAGGCAAUACCGGUUAUCUCCGCUUUGACAAGUUUGUUGAGUCACCUGCACUGACGAAACUAGAAGAGGUCAUGGCCAAAACAGUGUGGGAGCCCCUAAAAGACACCAAGAACCUCAUUAUUGAUCUACGCUAUAACACCGGUGGAUGCUCUACCUUUCUAGCCCUUAUACUGUCUUAUCUGCAGGACACUUCCCAGAAGCAUCACUUUUUCACAAUAUAUGACCGAAUUCAGAACACAACAACAGAAUAUUACUCUCGUACCCAAAUUACAGGCCCAACCUAUGGCUCCAAACGUGGGGUUUAUGUGUUGACCAGCUACUACACAGCAAGUGUUGGUGAAGAGUUUGCUUACCUGAUACAGUCUCUACAUCUUGGCACAGUCAUUGGGGAAAUUACAUCUGGUACCCUAAUGCAUUCAAAGAUGUUUCAAGUAGAGGGGACAGACCUUGCCAUCACUGUCCCUUUCAUAAACUUCAUAGACAACAAUGGGGAAUGCUGGCUGGGGGGUGGUGUUGUCCCUGAUGCCAUUGUGCUAGCCGAGGAAGCUGUGGACCACGUUCAUGAUAUUUCAGACUUUCAUCAAGGGCUCAGGUCCCUCAUGGAGGGAACUGGAGAACUGUUAGAAAAACACUACGCAAUCCAUGAAGUCGCCCUAAAGGUCAGUAAGGUGCUGCUGAGCAAAUGGGUCGAGGGAAUGUACUGGUCAGUAGUUGACUUUGAAUCUUUGGCAUCUCAGUUGACAACAGACCUUCAAGAGGCUUCAGGCGAUCACCGCCUCCAUGUCUUCCAUUGCGACGUCGAGCCUGAGUUGCUUCAUGACGUUGCAAAGAUCCCUACAGCAGAAGAAGUUGGAUAUAUAAUUGAUGCUUUGUUUAAAAUUGAGCUUCUGCCAGGUAAUGUUGGCUAUCUAAGAUUUGACAUGAUGGCAGAUAUAGAGGUGUUAAGAGCCAUUGGUCCACAGCUAAUAAAAUUAGUCUGGAGCAAGAUCACAAACACAGAUGCCCUUAUAAUUGACAUGAGGUACAACACUGGUGGUUAUUCAACAGCAAUUCCUCUACUGUGCACAUAUUUCUUUGAUGCUGAACCUUUGCUGCAUCUUUACACUAUCUUCGACCGCACCACAACCACCAUGACAGAGAUCAUGACAUUACCUCAAGUCAGGGGUCAAAGGUAUGGGUCCUCCAGGGACGUUUACAUCCUCACCAGUCACAUGACUGGGUCAGCAGCUGAAGUGUUCACCCGCACUAUGAAGGACCUAAAUAGAGCCACAAUCGUUGGAGAGCCAACAAUUGGAGGGUCUCUGUCAAGUGGAACCUAUCAGAUCAGGGACAGUGUUCUGUACGCUUCCAUCCCUAACCAGGUUGUUUUGAGUGCCAUCACUGGGAAAGUGUGGAGUGUUGUCGGGGUGACCCCUGAUGUGGAGGUUAACGCUGAGGACGCCCUUGCUACCGCCAUCAAGAUCGUCAGCCUCCGUACCCAAGUUCCAGCCAUCAUCGAGGGAUCAGCGACCCUGAUUGCUGAAAACUAUGCCUUUGAGGAUAUUGGGGCUGAUGUAGCAGAAAAGCUGAAAGGGCUCCUGGCAGAUGGCAAGUACAGCAUGGUUGUCUCCAAGGACAACCUGGAGGUGAAGCUGUCUGCUGACCUGAAGACCCUUUCUGGGGACAAGAGCCUGAAGACCACCAGCAAUACCCCAGCCUUGCCCCCCAUGAAUUACUCUCCAGAGAUGUAUAUUGAGCUGAUCAAAGUCUCAUUCCACACCGACAUUUUCGAGAACAACAUCGGCUACCUGCGUUUUGACAUGUUCGGAGACUUUGAGGAGGUCAAGGCCAUCGCCCAGAUUAUUGUUGAGCACGUCUGGAACAAAGUUGUCAACAGUGAUGCCAUGAUCAUCGACCUCAGGAAUAACCUUGGUGGACCAACAACAGCCAUCGCAGGCUUCUGCUCUUACUUCUUUGAUGCCGACAAGCAGAUUGUGCUGGACAAGUUAUACGACAGACCAUCCGGUACCAUCACAGAGCUCCGAACCUUACCCGAUCUCACUGGCACAAGGUACGGCUCCAAGAAGAGCCUGAUCAUCUUGACCAGUGGAGCAACUGCCGGUGCCGCUGAGGAGUUCGUUUACAUCAUGAAGAAGCUUGGCCGUGCAAUGAUUGUUGGAGAGACAACUGCCGGGACCUCCCACCCAGCCAAGACCUUCCGUGUUGGUGAGACUGACAUCUUCCUCAGCAUUCCCACUGUCCACUCUGACACUGCCGCCGGGCCAGCAUGGGAGGGAGCUGGCAUCGCUCCUCACAUACCUGUUUCAGCUGAUGCCGCCCUUGAGACUGCGAAGGGCAUCUUCAACAAGCACUUUGCAGGCCAAAAGUAAACCAUGUCCUGAACUGGAGUUUCAACAGUCACUUUUGCUCUGGCAGCCAAAUUGUUUCAAGAUUUAGAAUCUAGACUUGUGAAGAAGUGAUGAAUGUAGGUUGAGUACAAAGUGUAAUCUGCUAUUUCUCAAUACCUAAGCCAUUUUAGCCUGUUUAUAAUGUAGAGCAAAGGUUGAACAGGAUUUACUUAGUUUUUAUUUCUGUCAAAUGCUACUCUGGGCUGUUGAAGGUUUUCAGAAUGAAUUUCUGGUUGAAAAGCUGGUGCGGUUGUUUUGUGAAGAGAGUAUGUCUAAAUCUGUGUCAAAGAUAAGUUGCAACAGUAAAAUAACUUUCAAAAAUUAAUUUUUUGAGAAGUCAUGCGCAAAGGAAAUUAAACAAAGUGAAGUAAACACAUUUGUUAUGUUGGAUAUUUGAAAUACGGACCUCUGUAAAGUAGUCCGCUUGUCAUUCUGGUAAGAAAAUCAUCAUGUGAUGUCCUCAUUGCGUAUGGGAAAUAUGCUGUAUGUCCAUUUUCCAGUGAAUGUCAUGUGGACCUACUUGGGUUGUAUCAAUUCCAGUGGUGAGACACAAUAAAAAAAAAGAGAACUGAUACAAAACAAGUGUGUGUUUGUCAUGUUUCACAGA